AUGAGUGAGUUUACUGAAACGGACAGUCAGUUGGCUUCGGUUAAUGUGACUGGAGCAGCAUUACCAAAUACAGGUGAAAGUUCCAAUAUAUGGAAAGAAACUAUAUCAGAUGGCAUAGAAUUUGCAGAAAAUUGUGUCAUAUCUGAACAGCCAGUGAGUAAUACAGAUAUUAGUUGGCAGUCAGAUGAUACUUUUAAGAACCAAGAGUCAAAAUUUGAUGAUAAGAGGGAAGUUUGCGGCAGGAGUGUCGAUAAGUUGCCAAGUGGUCUAACAACAUCAGCAGUGGUAAUUAACAAAGAAGUCCCUGUGGACUGCAGCAUCGAUUCUGAUACAACACCACUGUUGAACGAGAGGCAUUCUUCUUUGAGUUCUUGCACAGAUGUGACUACGGAAGGUGAAACUUCAGAGGCAUCUUGUGACUGCAGUUAUCUAGGCAGCAGGGACAGUGAUAGCAGUUCUUCAAAUACUAUGUUAACAGCUAGUCAGGCAAGAGAAAACCUUAUGGUGCCAGGCUCUAUCCGUGUGCCUAUUGUUGGACAUGAAACACUGGAGUCACGCUCAAAAUUUACAGUAUUCAAAAUCCAUGUGAUGAUAGAAGAUGACAAAGCAGGAUGGUUUAUUUUUCGAAGAUAUACAGACUUUGUGCACCUUAAUGAUCAGCUGACGAGACUGUUCCCUAACUUCCGUCUGGCCCUCCCACCCAAGCGCUGGUUCAGAAACAAUUUUGAUGUAGAAUUUCUUGAUGAGAGGGUGCUUGGCUUGCAGGCAUUUGUAGAUAAUGUCACAGGUCACCGGGACAUUUGUAAGAGCAAACCAGUCAGAGAUUUCUUUUGCUUUGAUGAUCCUCCUGGCCCUUAUGAUAGCCUUGAGGAAAGCAGAGCACAGUGUGAAAGCAUGGAGGAGGUACUCUACUCUCUCAGGGAGGAAGUAAAUGAGAAAGACAAAGAAAUAGACAUUUUGAAGGAGGAGCUAGACUUGUACAAGAACCAGGUGCAGCUGUUAACAAAUCGUCUUAGUGAACUGAGCAGACGCACAAGUUUUGAGACAUCUGACAAGCACCGUUCCCCACAUGGUGACAGAAAAAUUAAUAUUGAUGCAUUGUUACAUUCUGGAGAAAAACUCAUCACAAAUAAGUUGAAUACAGUCAGUGAACUCAAGUAA